CAAACUCCUCGUUGCAAACUGCGCAAGACUCUUCGUUCUGUACUUUCCUUGCUGGGGAACAACAACGCUGGUGAUUGCUGCACGGUUAUUUCCUAGGUCAGUGUCCAUCUGUGUGCCCGUGCGCCUGACCGUGUGUAUACAGAUGGCGAACGAGGCGAGACCAUGUCCCUGCGAUAUUGGGGAUCGAAUGGAGUAUGGGGGUCUCGGCCAGGAGGUCCAGAUCGAGCACUUCAAAGCAUAUUUAGUGAAGCCAAAGACAGCAUCUGACAAGGCCAUAAUUGUCAUCCAAGACAUAUUUGGGUGGCAGCUUCCUAACACCAGAUACAUAGCUGAUAUGCUGGCUGCCAAUGGAUACAUGGCUGUUUGCCCAGAUUUCUUCCUCGGAAAGGAGCCGUGGAGCCCAACACAUGACUGGUCCACAUUUACGGCAUGGCUCGAAGACAAAAAGCCGACCAACAUCAACAAAGAGGUGGAACCACUGUUGAGGUUCUUGAAGGAGCAAUGCGGUGCCAAACGUAUCGGCGUGGUAGGCUUUUGUUGGGGAGGCAUUGCCACACAUUAUCUGGCCCUGAACAACUCUGAGGUGAAAGCUGGAGUGUCAUUUUAUGGGAUCAUCCGUGAAGGAGAAGACAAAUAUGAUCUUAAGUGCCCGACUCUUUUUAUUUUUGGAGAGAAUGACAAUUUAAUCCCACUGGAUCAGGUGAGUGGUCUUGAAGCAAAGCUGAAGGAGAAAUGCACCAAGGAUUACCAGGUGAAGAUUUUUCCCGGGCAAAAUCAUGGGUUCGCCAACCGAAAGAGAGAGGACAUCAACCCGACAGACGUGCCGGGAAUUCGGGAAGCCAGAGCUGACAUGAUCAACUGGCUGAACAAGUACAUUUAAAUAACUGGAAAACAUAGUCAAGUGUGAGCGGGAGGAGCCUUGCUGCCGUUACAUGACGAAACCUUGAUGAGACCAGUCAUUUGUGUUACAAAGCAUGUUCACACAUAGACAUGGGUAUUAUGAAAAACAUUUCUCCACAAUGGGGUUAAUUAAAAAAAGUCAAAACAAAUGAAAAAUCAGCAUAUGGAACUAACCAUACACUUUUUUUUUUUUUUACAGCCAAUCAGAAGCCUUAAGAAUGUAACUUGAAAAUGGAUACUAUCCCAAUUUUAUAUAGACUUAAUGAAGAGUAUAAAUUGAGGUUGGGAGAAAAUGUGAAACACUCAAAAGGUCUGGGAAAAAUUGCUAAUAGUCAGGGUUUCUUCAUUCUGGCAAGUUUUCCAAAAUCGUUAGUUUGAACGUGGACGAAAGGCUUAAAAAGCACAGAAAUAAAAAAACCUUUCAAAAAUACUUGUAUUGGUGUGAACACAACUUUUUUUUUGUUUGUUUAAGAUACAAAGUAUUCAACAUACUGUAUGCAAAAUGGUGCCAUGAAAUAAAACAACGUAGACAUUUCCAGAGACCAACAUUUUAAUGUCAACUUUGAUACUAG